AUGACCUUUGAUAUGGAAAAACUGAUAAAACGACCCUUGAUCGAUAAACAAGCCGCUUACGUGGACGAUAUCUCUGAGUUGGCUGAAGAAUCCUUCAUAUACCAAUACUCAGAUGAUCCCCUGAAAAAAGUGCUCACAUCUACCGAAGAGGAAACAUUUAGCAUCGACAUCAGAGCUGAUGAAUACGCGAGAUUGAUGGACACAAGUGUAGAAAUAGAAUAUGUCGAUGACAUGGAGGAGGACGAUUCGGAAAUUAACGUUGAUCGAUAUUUAAAGGCCGCCAUCGAUCGACAACCAUCCCCUCUAGAAAAUUGGGAUCUCGAAAACGCACCAAAAAUUGAGUUAAAGAAAUUACCCGCCGGACUAAAGUAUGCUUUUCUCUACAAUAAUUCUUACCCCAUAGUUUUAAAUGCUAACCUAACCAACGGAGAACUUGCGCUGUUAAUGAAUAAUAUGCGCAAAUAUAGGAAAGCCCUCGGAUACUCCAUAGAGGAUAUUCCUGGUAUCUCUCCAGAUCUGUGCAUGCACCAAAUUCACUUAGAAGACGAUUCCAAAUCGUCAGUGGAAUAUCAAAGAAUGCUAAACCCGAACUUGAAAGAAGUUGUUAAGAGGGAAAUUAUCAAACUUCUAGAUGCUGGAAUCAUCUUUUCAAUUUCGGAUAGCAACUGGGUGAGCCCCGUGCAUGUUGUACCUAAGAAAGGCAGAAUUACAGUGGUUAUGAAUGAUAAAAACGAACUCAUUCUCAAGCAAACUGUCACUGGACAUCGAAUGUGUAUCGAUUAUAGGAAGCUAAACGCUGCCACAAGAAAAUAUCACGUUUUCUUACCCUUCAUUGAUCAAAUGUUGGAAAGAUUGUCAACUCACCAAUACUACUAUUUUCUUGACGGAUACUCUGGAUUUUUCCAAAUUCCUAUACAUCCUGACGAUCAAGAAAAGACCACCUUUACAUGCCCUUACGGAACAUUCGCAUACCGCAGAAUGCCAUUCAUUCUUUGUAAUGCCCAUGCCCCCUUCCAACAAUGCAUGAUGUCGAUAUUUAUGAUAGAAGAUUUCAUGGAUUUCUUUAUGGACGAUUUCUCAGUAUAUAUGGAUCCAGUUUCAAAAACUGUCUCGAUAACCUAUGUAAAGUCUUGGCAAGAUGUGCAGAAAAUAACCUCGUUCGAAAUUGGGAAAAAGGCCACUUUAUGGUUAACGAUGGAAUCGUCCUAG